CAUUUGUUUUUAGGGAGAGUGGAGGACAAAGAGAAGGACAGAGAAACAUCAAUGUGAGAGAAAGACAUCAAUUGUUUGCCUCAUGCAUUUGCUUGAACCGGGGAGGAGACUGCAAUCAGGGUCGUCAUUUCUACCAGCUCCUUCUGGUGUCUCUCUGUCUGCACAACAGCCAACAAUGGUGAGGUCACUGGCCUUCCAUCUGCUCCACCUCCCCGUCUGCCUCGCCUUGGUCCAGCUGCUCAUGCCCUGCUCAGCUCAGUUUGCUGUGGUUGGACCCCCUAAGCCCAUCCUGGCCAUGGUGGGUGAAGUAGCUGAGCUGCCCUGUCACCUGUCCCCGAAGAUGAAUGCUGAGUCCAUGGAGUUGAUGUGGCUGCGAUCCGGCCUCAGGCUGGUGGUGUGUGCAUAUGCACACGGCAUGGAAGAAAUAGAGAUAGCAGAGUAUCGAGGGAGAACGUCGAUUUUAAGAGAGGACAUCGCUGAGGGGAAGGCUGUCCUGCGGAUUCACAAGGUCAGAGUCUCUGACAGUGGAACCUACCAGUGUUAUUUCCAAGAUGGCGAUUUCCUUGCAAAAGCCCUGGUGGAGCUGAAGGUUGCAGCCCUGGGCUCUGAUCUUCACCUUGAAAUGAAGGACAGUAAAGAUGGGCGGAUUCCUGUGGUGUGCACGUCUGCAGGCUGGUAUCCCAAGCCCCACGUAGAAUGGAGAGGUGACAGGGGAGAGAGCUUGCCCGCCAUGGCAGCGCCUGGGACUGUAGAUGGAGAGGGUCUGUAUGCAGUCACAUCAUCUGUGAUCCUGAAAGCCAUCUCUGUGAAGGGGGUCUCCUGUGUCAUCAGAAACCCCCUGCUCAGUCAGGAGAAGACAGCCAGGGUCUCUAUCACAGGCCCCUUCUUCUCCUACAUGGUGUGGCUCUGGCCGGUGAUCGUGGGGGCGACCCUUGUAGUUCUGCUGGGGAUCCUGGUCGAGGCGGUGUUCUUAUGGUGGCGACAGCAGAAGAGAAUCAAGGCCUUGAGCCAGGAGAAGGCGAGGGAGCGAGCUGAGAAAGAAGCAGCACAGGUGAAGGAGCAGCAGGAGCGAAGCGCCAAAGAGACGCUGCAGGAGGAGCUCAGUGACAGGUCUCAGGCCUAUGCAGACUGGAAGAUGGCCCUUUACCAACCUGCGGACGUGAUUCUGGAUCCCGACACAGCGCACCCCAGCCUCCUUAUUUCUGAGGACCAGAGGAGCUUGAACGUACUAACAAAAGAAAUGCAUAGCCUGCCAGACAACCCCAGGAGAUUUCAGGAUCGUUUCUGUGUGCUGGGCCGUGAGUGCUUCACGUCAGGCAGACACUUCUGGGAGGUGCAGGUGGGGGACAGGAAACAGUGGCAUUUAGGGGUGUGUAGGGAGAACGUGGAGAGAAAACGUGAUGUUAAAAUAUCACCCCAGAAUGGAUUCUGGACAAUAGCACUGUUGGAUGGGCAUGACUUCCAUGCUCGAACGGAUCCCCGGAGCAAACUCACAAUUGUCAACCCUCCUAAAAGAGUGGGGGUUUUCCUGGACUAUGAGAGGGGGGAGGUCUCCUUCUAUGAUGCCAUCGAUGGAUUGCACAUCUUCACCUUCUCACAGGCUCCCUUCUCUGGGCCUCUCUUGCCUCUUUUCAGGAUUUUGUCACAGGAGCCCACUGCCUUGACCAUUUGCCCAGCACUAAAAGGAGUGGGGAGUUCCCUUCUGCCUGACCCACUGCCUGACCCUUCCCUGGAGACCCCAGUGGCCUCAGGCUCAGCUGAUGGCAAUGAGGACCCUCAGGUGGAAGUAAAGUCUUUGCUUCCCCCUGCCCAGCCCUGAGCUGAGGGCCUGCUUAACAGCCAAACCUCACAGCAGGAACAUACUUACUAAAAACUCACUGAGUGAAGCACUUUCCUAGUUAUCUUUCAACUUUUCCACAUGACAGAUGAGGAGACCAGGGUGCAGGAAGUUAAUAACUUUCCAAAGGUUACUCAGCUCCCUUUCUGCAACCAUAGCUCAAUUCACAGGUACUUAAAAGAUGGUGGGUGCUGGGCUAAAUGCUUCAGGUGAAUCUCACUCCCCAAUCCUCACAACACUCCUGUGAGGUGGCCUCAUUGAAAGUGUGGAAAGGGAGGCAGUGCCCAGGGAAGUGACAUAUAAUUCAGGCAGAAACUAGUGCUGCUGAGAGGUGUUUGACCUCUGACCCUCCCUCUACCUCCAGUCUGUUCCUUUGCAGCCAGUUGUUCCUGUUGGGCAGGGUCAUGGGCAGCCUGAGGUUCCCUUCCCAGGGCCCCAGGGAGAAGGUCACUGUAGGUGACUAUGAAGGCCACACCCCACCUGGUUCCUUCAAGGGGGACUGUCAGAGCCAUGGUCCACUGCUCCAUUGGCUGGCUGUCCAUGAUGACGUCGUCCACAGAAUGAAUUCACAGUGACCGCAGCACAGGGUCUGAGAAGGGACUAGAGGCCAAACUCCUAACCAGCUUGAGACCUGUGAUCAUGAAGCUGAACCAACCCUCCAGCUUCAUCCCUAAAGCUCAUGUGUGAGGCAUGAAUUUGGGGGAAGGGAGCCAGGUGAACUGCAGUGGAAGUUUUAUCACACUGUAGCCCAUCUCCGGGAAAGGGACACUCCACGCUGAGCAUGCGCUGAUGUUCCCGGAGGUUCCUGUAACUGCUGGGUCCUGGGGAAAAGCCACUCCAUCACCAUCACUGUGAUUGGUCACCACUGUGUCCCCUCCACCCGGCAGGUGGUGGUCAGGUCACAUUUGUUAAAUAAAUUGGUUAAUGGUCUUCACUCUGCACCUGAGCUUCUUCUAGAUUUUCACCCCCACAGUUUACCCACCACAUUUACACAAAAUCCUUAUUGUAUCAGCUUUGUAAGCUGCUAACAAAAACCACAAAUUUCAUGACCUAAUGCAAUGCAGAUUCCUUACUUCACAUGUCUGUAGUUGGGAAGCCCAGUGUGGCUCUGGCCGGGCUGACAUCCAGGUGUCUGCAGGCUGGCUCCUUUCUGGAGGGUCCAGGAAACAGUCUGUUUCUUGCUAAUUCUGGUUGUUGGCAGAACUGAGUUUCCUGCAGGGGUGGGACCCAGGUUGCCAUUCCUUGCUGGCUGUCAGGAGAAGCUGGGACCCUCCAGGCUGGGAGCAUCCAGAGUUGUUUUCCCAGGAGGCAGAUGUGAGGGAGCAACUCAGGUGAAGGGAAUGGGGAACUGAGUCCAGUCCUGGAAUAACUGGUAGUGGGACUGUUGCUCGUGUGCUGACUGCAGUGUCGAACAUAGAAGGAAAUUCUCGGUCUCCCAGGAAAGCACUUAUGCACAGGUGGGGAAUGUUAUGAAAUGUGCCUUGGACAGAUCUAGAACGAACUCUCCAAAUAUUCAUCUGGAAUAAAAAAAGACCCCGAAUAGCUGCAGCAAUCC